UUUUUUUUUUCUAACUUAUCGUACAUAUUAUAUAUUUUUAUCAUUCUUAUCACUUCUAAUUUUAACGGUUCUCGCUUUUGACGAUUAAUUAUUCGUUUUUAGAAAACUUAGCGUUGAUUUGCAUUCGGAUUUUCUAAACUUUACAGUUUGCGUAAAAACAUCUUCAAUAAUUUUGUAAUUCCAAGUGUUCAUUAAAAAUUUAUUUUUUUUUUUACUAAUAGUUACGCACACUUCUGGAAAUAUUGCACAAUGGUUCAACAAGUUUUUAUUGGUCCAGUAAUUCAAACAGAUGAAAGCGGAGAAUUAAUUAUUAAAGAGCACUUGGCAAUUUUUACUCAGGAUGGCAAGAUCAUUCGUAUCGAGGAAAAUGUACCAAUAGGUCAACAAGAGAUCGAGUAUUACCUGAAAGAUUUUUCUGUGGACGAAGUUAAUAUCUUAUCACAUGGACAAUUUAUGAUACCUGGAUUCAUCGAUUGUCACAUUCAUGCGGUUCAGUUUCCAAAUCUUGGUUUGGGCUAUGACAAAUCUCUCCUGGACUGGUUGGAAACAUAUACAUUCCCUUUAGAGAAAAGAUAUACUGAUACAAAUUUUGCAGAGCGAGUAUUUGAUGCAGUUGUGAAGCAAACUAUUAGAACAGGCACAACAACAGCUUGUUACUUUGCAUCUUUAUAUGCUGAAGCAUGUAUAAUUCUUGCUAACAAAGCUGCGGAGCUGGGCCAGCGAGCUUUUAUUGGAAAAGUAAACAUGAACUUUCCUCGUGAAGAUGGAUAUUACGAAAGCACUGAAAAGUCAAUUGAGAAUACUGUAGCUUUCAUAGAAUCUAUUGAACAAAUAGGGAAUUCACUUGUGAGGCCAGUUAUCACACCAAGAUUUGCGUUGAGCUGCGACAUGCAGUUAAUGAAACGACUUGGGGAAAUUGCUAAAGCAAGAGAUUUACAUAUACAGAGUCAUGUUUCCGAGAAUUUAGCUGAGAUAGAUGCAGUAAAGAAAGCUUUCUCAGACCAGUUUUCGUACACAGCUGUUUAUGACAGCGCUGGUCUUCUCACCAGUAAGACAUUGUUAGCGCACGGAGUUUAUCUCGAAGACAGUGAACUUGUCAUCUUGAAAGAACGAGGGACAGCUAUAAUUCACUGUCCGUCGUCGAAUAUAUAUUUGAAAAGCGGAUUGUGCGACGUGCAGAGACUAAAAGCUCAUAAUAUCAAAGUUGGGCUUGGAACAGAUGUUUCAGGCGGAGCAAGCUAUAGUAUAUUGAAUGAAAUGAGAUCAGUUUUGCAAGUAUCGAAUUCAUUGUCUAUGAUGAAAGAUAAUUACACGCAACUUAGUUACAAGGAUGUUUUUCAUAUGGCAACUUCGGGAGGUGCUAAAGCGCUUUCAAUAGAAGACAAACUUGGCAAUCUGAUGCCAGGCAAAGAAUUUGAUGCUCUUAUUAUAGAUUUGAACGCGGAAGGUAGUUUGUUGGACAAUUUCAGAGAAUACACACUUGAAGAAAAACUUCAAAGAUUUAUAUAUUCCGGUGACGAUCGUAAUGUAAUAUCAGUGUACAUCAAAGGCAAAAAAGUUAAAUAGGUCAAAUAUUUUAUUUUUAUACAAAUUUUACAACUGAGAUUCUAGAUGUGAUAUUUUAAAUGAUGAUAUUUUUAUAUAUCAUACAUAUAUCAAAAUAAAGAUUGAAGAAAUUCGAUAACGUCUUCUUUCACAUCAAUGUGAUAGAAUAAUGUAUAAAUUUAUAUUUUUGUAUUCCGCUACACACAUGUCCACGUAUGUGUGUGUGUGCGCCAAAGUUACA